UCUCAAACUUCACUAGAUCGCGCCGGAAGCAGUGAAUCGCUCUUUUUCCGGCAUCUGCCAGUCGAGUGCAGUAGACACAUUUUCAGUGUUCUGAUAAAUAUCUCGUUUAAAAUGUCGCUCGUGAUCCCCGAGAAGUUCCAGCACAUUCUUCGUGUGCUCAGCACCAACAUUGACGGCAAGCGCACCGUCCCGAUCGCGCUGACCGCCAUCAAGGGUGUUGGCCGCCGCUACGCUCACGUCGUGCUGAAGAAGGCCGAUGUCGACCCGUUCAAGCGCGCCGGAGAGUGCUCCGACGAGGAGGUCGAGAAGAUCGUCACGAUCAUCUCGAACCCGCGCCAGUACAAAAUCCCGGACUGGUUCCUGAACAGACAGAAGGACAUCAUCGACGGCAAGUACUCGCAGCUGACCUCCUCGAACGUGGACUCGAAGCUGCGUGAGGAUCUGGAGCGAUUGAAGAAGAUCCGUGCCCACCGUGGUCUGCGUCACUACUGGGGCCUGCGUGUGCGCGGUCAGCACACCAAGACCACCGGCCGUCGCGGACGUACCGUCGGUGUGUCCAAGAAGAAGUAAACCCUUUACUCUUUUGGCUGGAUGUGUCUGGGUGGUGGAGGAGGCGUUUGUAUAUUUAUCGAUACAAAGAGGAAGGCAAACAACAAGGAGAAGACAGUGCGGCGAGUGUGCGAUCCGUUUGUUUGGAACUGUCCCAUUGGUUGUGCUGCGAUAAUUAAACAAAUAGGAGUUACGGAAUGUGGUAGUUUCAAAUAAAUGGACUGAAAGUGAAA